AUGAUUUUGUUCAUUUCGCUAAUUGUUGUUUUCCAUUCUAUUCAUUUUUUUUAUCUUCCUUCUCAAACUAUCUAUCUAUCUAUCUAUCUAUCUAUCUAUCUAUCUAUUAUAUAUAUCUACAUUUAUUCAUAUCUAGCUAUCUAUAUAGGUUUGUUCAUAUCUAUCUAUCUAUAUUUGUAUAUUACAAUCUAUCUAUCUAUCUAUCUAUCUUGGUAUAUUACAAUCUGUCUGUCUGUCUGUCUAUCUAUCUAUCUAUCUAUCUAUCUAUCUAUCUAUUAUAUAUAUCUACAUUUAUUCAUAUCUAGCUAUCUAUAUAGGUCUAUUCAUAUCUAUCUAUCUAUAUUUGUAUAUUACAAUCUAUCUAUCUAUCUUGGUAUAUUACAAUCUGUCUAUCUAUCUAUCUAUCUAUCUUAUAUAUAUCUACAUUUAUUCAUAUCUAGCUAUCUAUAUAGGUUUAUUCAUAUCUAUCUAUCUAUAUUGAUAUAUUACUAUCUAUCUAUCUAUCUAUCUAUCUAUCUAUCUAUCUAUAUUGGUAUAUUACAAUCUAUCUAUCUAUCUAUCUAUCUAUCUAUCUAUCUAUCUAUCUAUCUUGGUAUAUUAUCUAUCUAUCUAUCUAUCUAUCUAUCUAUCUAUCUAUCAAACUAUCAUAUCAUAUCUAUCUAUCUAUCUAUCUAUCUAUCUAUCUAUCUAUCUAUCCCAUCCCAUCCCAUCCCAUCUCAUCCCCGACAUUAUCUGUCUCUAUGA